GAUCAAUGCCGCGGCCCUUAGAAGACACCAAAUCGCAUGUGAGGAGGCCAUGAAGGCCAAGACCGCUGAAGCCCGGCACCAGGGCGAAGGAGCUGAAAGAGGCCAGGGCGGGCCGCGAACUGGAAUUUGUAGAGAUCACUGCGAAGAUGGUUGAUGUGGCCAAAAUUGGCCGCUACAAGUACGUGGGAAGCGCAGAGACUUUAAAACAAAUACCUGACCUGCUCUAGUUUCUCACUCCUUUUGGGCCCCCCUACGGUUUGGAGGAGGUCUUUCUGUUGGAGGAGGUGGAGAAGAACGGGACUGCAGCAAGAUUGAGAGCUCGAGGAGGAGCCCCUUUGGCCACUGAAGAUCUUCCAGCAGGUGACCAGGCUAGGCUUCAGCCUGGUCACUCGCAUGGACUGCCCCGAUGGCCAAUCAGAGAAGUGGGUCUUCAGCCGACCAAUCAAAAGCUCACGAAUGGUCCCAGCAGAAGUAGUGUCCCGGAAGUGGGGCUGUGCCUAACAAUCACACAUAUGCCUUCCACUGGACAGCGGCUUCAGUCAUCUUUCUACAGAUGCAUGCGAUACUCCUGUACCACUUCCAGUUUGAGCUGGCACAACCUGAACUUCAGGGCUCUGUCACAAGAGGCAUUAAUGGCAUUGGUUUUAGACAUAUCAUUAAACCAGAAUAAACCCUGGCUGGCAAGCUGCAGUCUUGAGGAAUUUUCCUGAAUUGCUUAAGAAAUGAAGUUAGUUCUUCCCAAGGGUUUUUAAACUUGUAGAUUUGGUUGCCUCCUGGUUGAUUUUGAAUAUUGCAUUGAUUGACAUGGCCCAUAUUGCCAACAUCAAACAUUCCUUGGUUGAACUAAGCCCAAUAAGUCCGAUUCACACAGAACAACAAAAGCUUGAACUUGGGGGUUAAAAAGUCAAAUUUGCAACCCAGGGCGGUCAUGGUUUCAUCAUGGUUGAUGAGUUCACCCUAGGUUGAGAGGUUGUGGUGUGAAAAUGCCUCGUGUGGGUGCAAGUGUACUACUAAUUGACGUUAUGGGCAGUGUUCAAGCUCCAAAACUUAAAAUCUAGCUGUCUUGAAGCUAAGAAGUGGAACAAAUCCCGUAAGGACAGGUCUGCAGUCGGUAAGGGAUAGUGGCUUUUGGUGUUUGAAGAAAUUCUGAGUUCGGGGACUUGGGAAGUGUGAGAAUAUAAUUUUUAUGUGUGAUUUUGGAUAAGGGUGUUUAGAGAAAAGUCCAGUAAUGAAGACAUUGUUCAGAAGUUUGGUAUGUUACAUAUCAGAGCAUGCGUAUAUAUUUUCUAGUUUUUCAUGUACAUGUAUUAUAACCAUGCUAUAUGUAUCUACAACAUAUGCAUAGAUUUUAUAUAAUGGUUAACAGUCAUGUUAUACUCUUGCCGUUUGGACUAUAUGUUACUUGAAACAAAACAUUUUGGGUGAGCUUUCUUAGCAAGCCCAUUCAAUGUCUUGUCUGGGAGUUAUUUGGAGUUGUUCAUUACUGAGCGCAUCGAGAGAAUUUUUUUAUCUUUGAAUUCUUCUUCGUUUAUCUUCGAAUUCAAGGGUAAAGUAGAUUGCCUACAAAACCCUAGCCCUAAGACCUAAGUUAGAAUAUUGUGCUAUAUAGUGUCUGGGAUCCGUACCAUUAAGAUCGCAAAAACACAUCACUAGAAGCAGUCCAGCGGAAGGCGGGAAGAUUUGUAUGUAAAGAUUUUCGACAAAAAAACUGUGUUUUCUCGAUUCAAAUAUUGGAUGGAAAUCUCUGGAGGACGGUAGAGCCACCAGUAAACCCAAUUUAUUGAAUUAAUCCAUCCAUCAUCAAGUAUCAGUGAACACGGAUCACUAUCGGGUUAAAUCUAAAAGAGGGGAUUACAACAUGGAUAACAUCUUUUAUUUCCUUUCCCAUCACAUCUUUUAUUUCCUUUUCCCAUCAACCACCACUAAAAGACUGUUGCAAAUUCUCCUUUGUACUCAGGGCCCAUGUGGAAUGGAAAUAUUUACCAGCCGAAAUAUGACCGGUUGAAGCAUCGAUCAUGAUUGCAUCAUCCAGAGAUCUCUCUAGGGUCAUGUCGGCAUGACAGAGCCUGAUGCGAUAGAGCAUCUGUGGACAAUGUCGCCCUGUGAGCCACAGGCACAGGGACAAGUUGGCGACGAAGGACGGGGGCAGGCUGGGGAACAUACCGAUGAGCGGGGACCAGACAGCCAGGCCCAGACAGCAACUGAGGAACAAACAGUUACAGAAUUAGAGGCAACCGCCCCCUUUCGUGAACUGCCCAAUGUAUCAGGCUCUGGAAAUAUCGUCGUUAGCAACGCACCUGGAAGUGUCUUCAACAUUUAUCAGUACCAUCCCAGCUCAAAAGAUGGUGAAAGGCCGUCUGAGCAGUGUGGUGCCCCGCCACAGGAGAAUAAACAAGGCACAUCGGAGAAGCCAAAACAAGAGAGUACUCAACAGUCGACACAAGCGGAGGUGCAGAUACCCGACAAGGUCCUGUUCAAGAUCGCAAAGGAACUUCCCCACUGGGAGGAGCUUGCUCUAAAUCUGGAGUUUAGUGACGCAGACCUCAGCAGAUUCAAGGGAGACUACCCAGACCGAGCUGGGUACCAGGCCUAUAAAAUGCUGAUAGCAUGGAAACAAAAGCAAGCUGCACAUGUCGAUCAGAUAGACGCUCUGGGCUCAGCGCUGGGUGAGGCUGGGAGAAGGGAUCUGUCUGUCAUUCUCAGAGGUAGUACGCUUCAAACACGUUGCCAAUUAACCGGUAUGUUUCAGUGUGGGCUAAGCUCCAUGCAGGCACCAUCCUGUCAGCAUGCUUCCAUACACAAGGGCACCGAUACCCAAUGCCAAGAUUGUGUUGGUCGCUGUGAAAAAGCCCUGAAGUCACUCUACAUGAGCACGGGGAGCUAUGUACAAUUGAUCCCAUGGAUCAAUGGCUUGAAGAAACACAUCAUGGACAUCUACACCAAGCCAAAGCUGGAGACUGAGAGCUACAGUGGUGAAGUACUAGAAUCGUAUGAUGGCAUCUUCCGCAUUAGAACACGGGAGGGUGAGGCAGUCCAUAUAGCUGUUGUAAACGGGUUGGCAGGGAGGGGAAAGUCCACGCUCUUUGACAAAAUGGCGUAUGACUGGGCUGUUGGCUGUAGCGAUGCACUGCGAAAGUUCAAGCUUGUCUUCCUGUUGAAAAUGCAUGCGCUAGAGCAGAGUUCAGAUCUUAUCGAUGCAGUCUUCGAUCAACUCUUGGCCAAAGACACAAUGCUGAUGAAGCAUGCCCUGCGAGAAUUUGUCAGAAGGAACCCUGGCCAAGUCCUCCUCCUUUUGGAUGGCUUUGAUGAGUUCCUGACAACCUCCCCUUGCACCUCUGCAUAUGGGUCUGUCCUAAAUAUCUUGAAACGAGAUGUGUGUCGGGGUUGCAGUGUGCUUGUCAACACCCGCCCCUCACACUUCCACAAACUGGUAACAAGGGAACUUGUUCAAGAACCAUAUACCUACAUCAGGAUCGUGGGUUUCAGUGCACACGACGUCGAUCUGUAUGUCAAGAAGUUUUUCUCUGACAAUGACAGAAAGGCUCUCGGGCUGCUGAGCAAAAUUCAGUCUUCCAAUCUUCUGACCAAUCUGGCAGAGAGUCCAAUGCUGCUGCUUUUAAUGUGUCUGCUAUGGAGGGACGCUUCCACACUCCCUGACACAAUGUCACACCUGUAUAGUGAGGCAGCUAAAUAUAUCUUCAACAGAAAAGAGACUGUGACAAAAGAGCAAGUGGCCAAAAUUGUGAGUGACAUUGGUAAGGCUGGCAUGCACGGUCUUCUAUCUCCGAAACAAGUGCUCUCUUUCAAAGAGGGUGACUUUGAAAAAGGUGUGGUGGAUGUGGCUGUCAGGGCAGGUAUUCUUACGAGGCAAAGGGUUGUGAAGGGACUAGACGCUCACAUCAGUGUUCAGUUCAUCCACAAGACCUUCCAGGAAUUCUGUUCUGGUAGAUACCUGCAAAGCCUGUUUGUACAGGACAGAGGUGAAUUUCAGAGGAUUCUGAGACUAAUGGUGCCGAAGGGUCCCGAAGGUCUUGGGUAUAUACUGCGUUUCUGUUGUGGGGACAGUGAAGCAUGUACUAAUGAGAUCCUUCAGAUUUUUCAGGACAGUUGUCAAAAGUACUUGUCAUUUGACUCGAGGCUGGGUCAGUUGGCACUUCAUUGUUAUUUUGAAGGACAGUCAAGCUCCUUGCCUCCAGGGGACGUCAUACAUUCAUUCAUAACUGCCAACGUUAUAAUACGGGAUCUUGACAGUGACUGCUUCAACUCCAUCACAUAUUUCCUGGAGCGUGUUGCUUCCCAGACUAAAGAGAGCGGCAAUGCCUUUCUCUCAAAAGUAAAGAAAUUGCACGCUUCUCAGUCUGCACUGAUCAGGUGCGGCGAAGGUUUGGCUGUUGCCAUGAGUGCAAUGGCAAAUCUUUAUUAUGUGUGCCUAAAGGAUAAGUGGUCUAAGUGGGGCUUCUCUCAAACUGUUGUCCUUGAGGGUAAGGCCAACUUGUGGUGCUACCACCUGAGGCAGGUGAGAAACCUUCAGAGACUGAACUUAAGUCGCUGCGCACUGAAAGGAGAGGACGUCAAACAUGUCACUGCAUUACUCCGGGAGCUGCCCAAGCUGUUCGAAUUAAACAUCUCUUUCAAUGACCUGGGUGGAACAGCAGCGACAUGGUGCAAGCUUUUAGAGCAGGGCCAGUGCCUUAAAAGGUUGGACUUGAGUCGCUGCUCAUUGAAAGGCAUGGACGUCCAGCUUGUUGUAGAUUCUCUCAGAGGUCUGCCCAAACUGGAUGAUUUGGACCUUUCUGACAAUGACCUGGGCGGCUCAGCAGCAUUGUGGUGCGUGCAUCUGACGCCUUUGCAGCAGCUGCAGCAACUGAACUUGCGCAACUGCUCACUGCUAGCACAAGACGUGGAGCUCGUCGCUCAAUCUCUUGGGAAUCUACCCAAUUUGGUUGAAUUGAUUCUGUCCGAAAAUGACCUGAGGGAUUCUGCAUUUGUUUGGUGCUCGCAUUUAGCGCAGUUGCAGCAACUGCAGCAGCUUAACUUGCGUCGCUGCUCCCUGACUGAACAGGACAUUAAAUCAGUCAUUGUCCCUCUCAGGAAACUGCCCCAACUGCAUGCACUGAAUCUUUCAGAAAAUGACCUGGGUGGCGUAGCACUUUCCUUGUGUGAGCAUUUCAAGCAGCUGCAAAACCUGAAGAGGUUAAAUCUUGUUCUCUGUAGACUGUCAAUGGAAGAUAAGGAACACAUCACCAAAUCACUUAGUGAGCUAUCUGAGAGGAAUAGGUUAGUCAUUAACUUCUGAUUCGGUCUACCAAUACAACAAACUGUAUGGCUAUAGACUUACUUUCCUGCAUACCAUUCCGGAAUGAAAAGCUGUAGUUACCACCAGCAGAAGUAGGUCUUCAUGUAUCAUUCACUGGGACCUUGAGACGCUUGGCGGCCGUAAUGUUUCAUACAGGUCCCGUGUGAUCAUGGGCAGUCCAAUAUCGUUUGCUACAUACUCGAAGUAAUAAUCUGCAUGCUCAAAAUGAUACGCACAUUAUUGGACAAAUCACAUAGGACCGUUGUUUGCCGCCAUCAAACAUCUCAAGCUUCCCAAUUAAGCGAGACCAUUUUUGCCGGUGCACGAUCGCAAAGAGUUGCGCGACUAAGUCCGAAAUAAGGACAGUUGUGAUCUGGUCUGUGGACCAUAUGCUAGUGGUUGCCGACGAAACGAUUCAGGGAGCUUUCAGCAUCAUACUUUACGUGACCAAACCAGGAGGAAUGAACUGUGUUCAGUAUUGAGUAUAUUUGCCUAAACGGCGCAGCAAUUGCCUCUUUGACAGUUUGUUGAGACUGGUUGCAGGCUCUUGAACCGAUCUGUAAAAAAAACCAUCUUUUCAUGUUAGUGUGCCUUAUGCAUGGUACGUAUGAAUUACCCACUAUUUCUGAUGCUGUAUGACACCAGCGCCAUGCAUAUUUAUGUAGUUUAUAGACUUUUGGUAUGUUCAUUUAAUUUUUUUUUACAAGAGGGAGUAGCUUUCUUUAUCUUUUUACUAAUAAUUCUGCUACCAUAACUUAAGUAACAUGUAGGCUGCACAUCUACUUAAAACGCCUCUUUGAUCGAGAAGCCCGGUGUCCCAAAGUUGUGGCUGUGGCAGAAACUUACAGUAUGAUUGCAAUCAUUACAUCUGGUCAGAUUAAGUACCGGGUUGUGACACCAUUUGAACCAUUGCAAACGAAUGGCCAUUUACACACGUAAAGGAGAGUGCUAAUAGAGGGAUUUCACAUUAGGGCCGUCUGUGCAUAUCCGCAUCGAAACCGAGGCUCUGUGUGUUGAACUUCGCCGCGUGCGUCCGCGGAAUCGAUACAGUACAUGGAGUAUCCGGUUUGUAAGUGUGACGCCACUUCAUUUUAAACCACGCCCACUGCACAGUCACACGACCAUCGCAGGGUACGUUAGUGCGCAGUAAAUUGCCGUUAUUUUUCUUUUGAUUUUACCUGUGGAGUCAACCUGAAAGACUCUUCCACCAAAAUUUGCAGUCU